AUGCCUUCGGACUCUGAACUUUCAUCAUUAUCGUCGGCACCCCCGACAGACGAUGAAGCUACCAUGGCGACCGAAAAGCCAUCAGGCAUCGCAAAAUACUUCAAGAAGGAGUCUGAGACGCCGCCGCCGAAGCGGGAGCCGUCACCACCGCAUGAAUACGUCUUCGCCGAUAACCCUGAUAUCGCAUUCAUCGUCAUGUUCCGCGCGCGUUUCCAUGAAGUCUUCCCCCGAACAGUGCCAAACUACGGACCACAGGAUAUCGAGAAGGUGGAAGAAUCUCCCCCGGAGGAAGGAAUUGAAAGACUUCUAUGCGCAUUACUUGGACUUGUUCUGAAUCGCAAGAAGGAAGUUGAGUAUGGUCGCCACCCGUUGAUUGAUGCCGUGGCGGAGCUCCUCGCGAACGCGCUUUUGCCCCGCCCGCGAAAUCACUUCACGCGCCCCCUCGAAGAAGCAAUUAAUACACACCAGUCGCAAUGGCCCAGAGAAUGGCAGGGCAAGAACCCCCUUCACGGGGGUCGCAGCUUCGCGACCAUGUCCCCUGUAGAACGUCUGCAACUAUUGAAAGCUUUGAUACUUUGGUCACUUUCAUCUUCCGAAGCUGUCGCGGCAAAGAUCAAGGAAUCCUACAAACAAGCGCGCCAUGAUGACGACCUCAACCAGCCUUUAUCUGUUCAACCCUGGGGACGGGAUAGCUUGAAACGUCGGUAUUGGCUCAUUGAAGGCCAAGACGAUACGAACUUCCGACUUUACCGUGAAAGCAACCCAGUUCUCAAACACAACACGUGGUGGAGUAUCGCAGGUAGUAUUCCUGAGUUGGAAGCAGUCGCAGAAAAGCUCGAAGGUGAGAAAGGAAUAAAUUCCAAAAAGCUUAGCGAGAAGAUCCGUCUCUCCAUUCCCAGAUUUGAGGCGUCAGAAGAGAAGCGUAGACGUCGUGACUACCGUCUCGCCCGCAAAGCGGCCUUCACUCGCCCGGAUCCUGGCUUUUCCAUGUAUGAGGGUCGUACACGUGGAAAGAAACUCAAGUAUACAUAUUCAGAAGACGAGGGCAUUUUCUCCGAGGACGAGCCCUUCACUCGUCGUUCCAACCGAAAUGCUGCACCUGCAGAGGUUUCAGCGGAGUCUAGGCGACCUCGGUUUACAGCAAGUGGGAGACAGAUUCGCUCCCGUGCGGGGGGCCUGUAUGGAGAGGCUCUCUUGUAUGGGCAACGCGAUGGCGCUGAUGAUGAUGAAUUUGACGAGGAGGAGGAGGUUAGCAGACCGCAGAGGACGCGGACUUCAAUCCACCCAAAUGGAUAUUCUGGAUACGAUGCUGAAGAUCUGGAAGACGCAUCAGAAGCUCACUCGAGCGCGAAUGACAGUGGCAAUGAAUGGCGCGGUGUGGAUGAUGAUUUGGAGAAUGAAUUUGAAGGCGAUGACGAGGAUAAUGAAGCCAGCGGGGAGGAGUCGGAUGAAAACCAAGAGCCAGAAAGUCUUGUCGUGCAGCUUCGAUACGGCAAGGGAGAUGCGUCGGGGAAACCUGAAGUUCAGAUCGACAAACCGCCCCCCGUCGAGGACGUCGAGAUGAAAGACGUGGAAGGGACUGUUACCGCGGCACCAGCACCAGCACCAGCACCAGCACCAGCACCGUCGACGACACUCCCUCACCACAUCAACUCGACCGUGGGACAACAGACCCCGGCACCUGUCCAUGGAUUCCCCGCUGUGCCGAUACCUCAGGUGCCUACCCAACCUACGCCGACUGUGACAGCACCAUCUGCUGUUUCCGAUCCUAAGCCGCAAGGAUUUGUCCCACAAGAUCAGAUGACCACUGCUCCUUUGCCAACUCCUCAAGUACCUCUGGAUGCCAGCAUCGGAACACCAAAGGACAAUCCAGUGGAGCCCAACGGAGCGACUCGACCCUAA